CUUCAACGUCUCAUAUUUUCUUUAUAAGAAUCACAGAGCUUGGUGCUCUGUUUCGCUUUUGUGUUGGAAUUUGAUUUGAUUCUUAUUGCAAUGGAUCGAGUUAAGGGCCCGUGGAGCCCGGAGGAGGACGAGACGCUGAGGAGGCUGGUGGGAGCCCACGGGCCGAGAAACUGGACUAUUAUCAGCAAGUCCAUUCCAGGACGAUCCGGCAAGUCGUGCCGGUUGCGGUGGUGCAAUCAGCUGUCACCGGAGGUGGAGCACCGCGCAUUCACGCCGGAGGAGGACGAUAUCAUCGUCAGAGCCCACGCUGAGUUCGGAAACAAGUGGGCCACGAUAGCCCGGUUACUUAACGGAAGAACCGAUAACGCCGUCAAGAAUCACUGGAACUCUACGCUCAAAAGGAAAUGCCGCUCUACUGCUUCUGACGCCGUCACCGUCGCCGUUUACCCCGACGCGCAGCCUCUUAAAAGAUCCGCCAGUGUCGGCCCGUGCCACGUUACCACGCCUAGCAGCCCGUCGGGCUCUGAGCUCAGCGAUCCCGGGCUUCCCUCUCUGUCAACCCCGGGUUCGGAUCCAAGAACGUUGCUGAGCUUGUCGCUGCCGGGAUCAUCGGGAUCAGGCGCAGGCUCAGAUUCGAUUAAAGAUGGGCUUGGUUCUGGGCUUUGUCCUGAUCCUGACCCGGCCCAAAUGUUCAGUCCGGAGUUCUUGGCGAUGAUGCAAGAAAUGGUGAGGAAAGAGGUUAGGAAUUACAUGUCGAUGGUUGAAGAGAACGGGGUUCGCAUGCAGCAGACGGAAGCGAUUCGAAACGGUGUUAUGAAACGAAUGGGAAUUAGAAACGGAUUAGAGAGGUAAAAAGACGGUGUUGCCCCUUGGAGCAGGAACAGUUUUCUUUUUCUUUUUCUGUGCUUUCUUUCUGAACGGUUAUUAGAUUAGUUUUCAACUUUUCAUUUUCAUUUCCCUUCAGUCCUUCACUCGAGGGCAAAACAAAAAAAAAGAGUUGGAAUAAUUUUGGUGGUGUACAGAAUGAACAUAAAACUGAGUGAUGAUUCAAUUUUAA